CAUCAUCAUCAUCAUCAUCAUCAUCAUCAUCAUCAUCAUCAUCAUCAUCAUCAUCAUCAUCAUCAUCAUCAUCAUCAUCAUCAUCAUCAUCAUCAUCAUCAUCAUCAUCAUCAUCCAGCAUCAUAUACACAUGUCAUGAUACACAUAUCAGAUACACAUGUCAGAUACACAUGUCAUGAUACACAUGUCAGAUACACAUGUCAUGAUACACAUGUCAGAUACACAUGUCAGAUACACAUGUCAGAUACACAUGUCAUGAUACACAUGUCAGAUACACAUGUCAUGAUACACAUGUCAGAUACACAUGUCAGAUACACAUAUCAGAUACACAUGUCAUGA